CAGGGUUCCGUGAGGACCUGAGGAAGCGGGGCCGGGCCGGGCAGGACCGGGGCUCCGCGGCCGCCAUGGGCAACCUGUUCGGCCGAAAGAAGCAAAGCCGGAUCACGGAGCAGGACAAGGCCGUCCUGCAAUUGAAACAACAGCGGGAUAAGUUGAAGCAGUACCAGAGGAAGAUCACCCAGCAGCUGGAGAGGGAAAGGGAGAUUGCCAGACAACUUCUUCGUGAUGGAAAGAAAGAAAGGGCAAAGUUACUGCUUAAGAAGAAGCGUUACCAGGAACAGCUCUUGGAUAAGACAGAAAACCAAAUCACAAAUCUAGAAACUAUGGUUCAGAAUAUUGAGUUUACCCAGAUUGAAAUGAAAGUGAUUGAAGGCCUGAAAUUUGGAAAUGAGUGUCUGAAUAAAAUGCAUCAGGUCAUGUCUAUAGAAGAAGUGGAAAGGAUAAUGGAUGAAACCCGAGAUGCUGUGGAGUACCAGAAGCAAAUUGAUGAUCUCUUGGCUGGCAGUUUUACUCAAGAAGAUGAAGAUGCUAUCUUAGAGGAACUGGAAGCAAUCACUCAGGAACAAGUAGAGCUUCCAGAAGUUCCUUCAGAACCCCUGCCAGAGAAGAUUCCAGAGAAAGAACCUAUCAAGACAAGGCCAAAACAGGCAGAACUGGUGGCAUCUUCUUAACCUUCUUUCUUCCCCCACCGGGGCCUUGAAGGGACUUCCUAAGAAACUAUGACCCACAGAGGGUUUGGCUUCUCAGUCCCAGGAAUGGGCAUGCCCUGGAACUCUCCUGGACUGGACAAGGCAGAGCAAAGCAAAGUGGACAGGGGAAUGCUGACUGAUCAGCAGCACAUUUAUUGCUCUUGUAUCAAGAUUUUUUUCUAGAGCAUUUUUUUCCUGGUACUUUAAAGUCUGAAUGCACUUUAGUAGUGCUGUCUUUCUCUCAUCUCUGGAUUAAAUGGUGACUUGCAAACUUUUCAAGCCAAAUGCUGUUGCUAAAGGUUGUGAUUUCCAUAAUGGUCAAGCCCCAAUCACAACACUCUUGGUGCUGUAUUUACAUUACCUACCCCAGACCCUGUGAUGUGCUUGAAGGACUUCCUUCUCCAUAGACCUUUUCUAGGGGUUUGGCUGCAUUGGGAAGGAGCAGAGGACUUUUCCUUGAGUAGUCCCACCACCGAGAGGAGAGGUCGUUUGAUUUGAGUUCCUGUUGGAUUCUGUGUGGGACCAGAGGAAGGAAAGACAGAGGACGUCCCUGUAAACAAAGCCUUUCUGUGCUGCUCUUCUUUGGUACUCCAUCCUCUUCCCCUACCUGUUGAGAUAGGACAACAGCAUGUUCAAAUCUGGGUUAGCUUCUCCACACUGAACCAAAAGGUAAAGCUGUAGGAGGGAGAACAUAAGACUUUAGCUUCAUUCCUCUCAUCAUUUUCAUUGUGUUGUUAAAACUGGGACUGCCUUGGAGAAAUUAUCACUGGUCUUUCUAUAGAAUUUCCAAUAAUGUUCCUGAAAGGUUCCGGAGUGUGAUAGAAAAGACUGUGGUUCUAGCAGGGAAGUUCUUACCUGUGAAAACCCAGGAUGUUGUAUCUUUUCUAAUCCUUUUCAAGCCCUAAGAUUCACCUGAAACUUUCGUUUCCUUAAAUUUGGCUGCUAUAUUCUCCCUGUUAUAGCACUUUUUGGCUUCUGAAGUGGGAGGGGAAUUCCUUCAUACCAUUUGUAUACAUAGUUCCUGUUUUAAUAUUAGGCCAUGGAGCUGCCAUUUGACUUUAUUCUCCAUUUGAAAUAAACAAGAGCAGAGAUUCUAGCAGAGGAACCUUCUAACGGUGGUUCUCAAUGAAUUUACCCUUUAAUCUCUCCUUCCUCCCGAAAAAUAGGGAGAAAAAAUAUUUAGCAUUGUUCUAGUCUAGUCUCUACAGUCGGUUCUGAUAAGGGUAGGAUGAGGCUGGGCUUUUGCUUCUGUAGAACUUGAGGUGGAAUGUGCCUUGUGGCCUGAAGUUUCCUUUUAGGCAGCCAUAUGGAUAAGAUAGCUGGGGCCUGGUAGCAGAGAUUUGGAGGUGGAUUCUAACAAAAAUAUUAAUUUUAUUUGGCUAUAAUCACUUUGGUACAGUCAUGAAUUUGAGUGUUUUUCUCCAUAAGUACAUUGUUCUGUGAUCCCCAGAACUCGUGAUCCUUGAGACACCAGCUUAUCCCUUGUUGAAAUAAGGGAGACAGUUCAUAUCAUCCCCUGGAUGUUUGAUUUUAGACCAAGGAUGUCUCGUGAUGUAUAAAUUAGCCACUAGGGGGAGGCUCAUCCUCUAAUCUACAAAGUUAAUCUUUGCAGAAAGUGUCAGGCCUCAGCCGACUAACUUGGAACUGACUACUUCCACCUCCCCAUCUGCUGCUUAGUGACAAAACCACGUAGAUCCAGAGUCAGAAAGUUCCUCAGACGCCGUCUAGUCCAACACCUUCAUUUUACAGGGGAGGAAACUGAGGCCUGAGGAUGUUAAAUGAUGUACCCAAAGUCAUAGAACUUAGUAUCGAACAAGAUUGGAUCUCUGACUUUGAAGAGCGGUUAUUACCACAGAAUUGUAAUGAAGUACUGAAGAAAGUGGGAGUUUUCUUUGAGCUGAGGGAUUAGAUGACUAGUUGGGUUUUAUAGAACAGAAAGGCAGAGAAUCACAGAAUUUUAGAGUUGUAAGGGACCUUCAGUGAUCAUGUAGUUCAUCCCUUACCUGAAGAAGAAUUCCUGUUUCAACAUACCCAGUUAAGUAGCCAACCAGCCUUUGCUUGAGACCUUCAGUGGAAGGUAACUCACUACCUCCCAAGGCAACUCAUUCUACUUAUGGUUAGCUUUUAAUUGUUAAACAAUUUUUCCUGACGUGGAGCCUGUAUUGGUCUCCUUGUAACCUUUUGCUCCUGGUUCUACCCUGUGGGGCCAAGAACAAGUCUAAUCACUGUUCUACAUUGCAGUCCUCAAGGCUUCUAUCAUGUUACCUACUCCUGAACCCUAAGGCUUUUCCUCUUCAGACUAAACAUGCCUGGUUACUUUAACUGAGCCAUAUAUGUCGUGGAUUAAAGCCCUUCAACAACCUGGUUGUCCUCUAGGUUCUUUCCAGAUUAUUUGUGUCCUUUUUAAACUGUUUUUUCCUAUAGUAAGUAUACUUAGUAGUGGUGGAAUGGGACCUUUUUGUUGUUCAGGAAAAUGAAUUCUUAGGGAUUAUCACCUCAUCUCCUGAGGCCCCAGUUCCUCACCUGUAAAAUGACUUUUGAUGUCUCAGCUCUAUGAUCGAGUUGAUCCAUGCCUCAGUUAUGAAUUCAAUUACCGUAGUUGUUGGGAAGAGUAACGUUGGAUCAUGAGAUCCAUCCUAAACCCUCAUUUUAGGUGAGUUUCAGUCUUCCCCACCAAACUCCUAACAGAACUUUUAAUGGGUGCGUGUAGAAUGGAACAGAGCAGAUAGGAAUUCUCUUUUCUCUUUGUCCUGUCACCUGAACAAACAGAUCAUAGGAUACUAGAACUCGAGCUGGAGGGAGCCUAGAAGUCAUUUCAUUCAACCAAACCCCCUUGUUUCACAAAAGAAGAAACUGAAUUCCAGAGGUUUAAGUAAGUUGCCUAUAGUUCCACAACUAGUAAGUGGCAGGAUUCAGGAUUUGAACCCAGGUCCUGCACUCUUUCCACUGCACUGCACAAUGUUGCUUCAGGGGGAAAAGCCAGGAAUCUGAAUAAUCCAUAUACUAAAUAACAGCCGGUCCCUGAGCUAUUGAAAACUGGCUGCAUUUGUACAGUAGAGGAGUAGAUCCUUUGGGCUUCAGGCUUGGAGAUCAUCUGCUAUUGAGAAGGGAAUGGGGUAAGGAAGUGGUUAACGGAGCCAUCCAUCACAUCCUACCUGCUGUCACUGAAACACUAACAAAUCCCAUUUGCCUGAGAUUUACAGCAGCCAGUUUUCAAGGGCUUGCCUACAGUUUCCUGUUCUAACCUCUGUACCAAACAGAUUGUACCGUGUAUAUCCUUGAGAGAAAAAGCCGAAUGUGUUGUGAUCUUCAUGAUAUGUUGUAACAAUAAAGUAUUUUUAAUGGUUUCAUCA